CCGGCGGGGCAGGUUCGGUUUGGCGGCUGCGGUGCAGAACCGGCAGGGACCGGAGCCGGGCAGCUGCAGCGUAUAGGGACAUCCAACAGGGGGAAACGUCCUUGUGUCUGCUUGGCCUGAGAUUGGCAGUACAGACAGACCAUCAGAGGAGAGUGCGGGAGGAGGGAGCUGGUUCAUCCACCCAUCUUCGGCCACAGAGAUCUGCAGGGAGACAAGACCCUUUGGCCCAUCGAACCAUGCUGGCUCAUGAAGGGUUGCGGAAUCAGUGUGAGAGAAACCUCUCCCCAUCCUAACUCUACAGGCCAAACCUCAUCCACAACCCAAAUUCCUCCCUUGAGGGUCCUCAAAACUGGUAUUGGUUCACUCUCAGACCCGCAGGGUGAUGGCUGGAUUUAGGACGAGGUCGCCAGAAAAGCUGGAAAAGGAGUGAGGCGAGGGUUUGGGGAGAGGAGGAGGCCAGGACUACCAUGAGAGGCCUCUCCCAGCCGGACUACCCGAUUUGACAUCCGGGAGGGCUUUAAACCGCCUCACGGCUGGACCAGUCGGCCGAGUCCGGCUGGCGUGGUUCCCGUUGGUCAGCUUCCCACCUGUUCCCAAGCUGAGGAAAUGCCAGGAGGAGGAGAAGCCAGCGGAAAAGACCAGUGGGAGGGUGAAGUCAGCCCUUCGCUGGCGGCUCGCCACGGGUCUCCAUCCUCGACUAGCUGAGGGCCAAGGCCGGAAGGGAUCGCUGUCCCGGGGGACAGCAGAAAUCCGUGUGGAGGUGGGGUCUGAGGUUCCCGGAGCUCGCGCCAGGCCAGGCCUGCAAAGGGAGCGGCAUUGUGUAGCACCCUACCCCCACAGCCUGCCAACUUCCCAGGGAGUCUCGUAGACAGCAUCUCACUGGAGUAAGAAACGGUAUCCUCGAGAUUUUCCACGUGAUGUAAAAUCAGUGUCGUACGUCCCAACACUCCCAGGGGCCACAGGAAGGUGCAGUAAGAUCCCACUGAAGACAGUGUGAUAAAUGGCCGGGUGAACAUUGACACCAUCGGCAGUCGGACGCGCACCCCAGACCUCUGUGGUUGAACCCACCCGCGCCAGGACACAAUCUAGACCACCCCCAACGUGACCCCUGUGUGAGAUUGAAGCCCCCUUCCCGGUGCGAUGUAAGGUGGGAAGACGGAGCUGGUUCCCCGGGCCAUGACAGCGGUCUUCGCCAUCGGCACGACCAUGGUCAAUCACCGGUACGCCGGCUGGCCCGAGGAGAAAGGGGACGGCGAGCCGCGGAGGCUGACCCCGCUGGAGAUGCUCUCCCACCAGCUGGCCCACGACGAGCAGACCGUCAGAGAGGUGACCCUGGGCAAGAGGAUCGGCUUCUACCGGCUACGCGGACAGAUCGGCGCCGGCAACUUCUCCCGGGUCAAGCUGGCUGUCCACUCGCUGACCAGAGAGAAAGUUGCCAUCAAGAUCCUGGACAAGACUAAGUUGGACCAGAAGACGCAGCGGCUGCUCUCGCGGGAGAUCGCCAGCCUGGAGCGACUGCACCACCCCAACAUCAUCAGACUGUACGAGGUGAUUGAGACUCUGUCCAGGCUGCACCUGGUGAUGGAAUACGCUGGUGGUGGCGAGCUUUUCACCAAGAUCAGCACCGAGGGCAGAUUAUCAGAGGCUGACAGCAAGGCCAUCUUUGCCCAGAUCGUCUCGGCCGUCAAGCACAUGCACGAUCAGGGCACCGUCCACCGGGACCUGAAGGCCGAGAACAUUUUCUACGCGGAGAGUGGCUGGGUGAAGGUGGGCGACUUCGGCUUCAGCACGGCCUGCCAGCGGGAGCAGAGCCUGCGCACCUUCUGCGGCUCACCGCCCUACGCCGCUCCCGAGCUCUUCCGUGACGAGAGCUACGCGGGGCCCUCAGUGGACGUGUGGGCGCUGGGCGUGCUCCUCUACUACAUGGUGGCCGGCGCACUGCCCUUCCGGGCGGACACAGUGGCGCGGCUGAAACGCUGCAUCCUGGCCGGGGCCUUCGCCGAGCCGGCCUACCUCUCAGAGGCCUGCUUGCGGCUGAUCAGGGCUAUCCUGCGGCCCGAGCCCAGCCAGCGGCAGACUCCGGCACAGAUCCUGGCCGGUGAGUGGAUGAGGGGCACCCGGACCCCUCAGCCCCUGAGGCCCUUCCCGCUGGAGCCGGGGCACCUGGCCGGCACGGGGCCAGGGCCUAGGCCGCUGCUGGAGCCUGAGCACACUGAGGUGAAGCAGUCGCUGGCCGGCCUCGGAGUGACCGACAGCCAGCUGAGGGAGAGCCAGGGCCGUGGAGCCCGCAGCCCCCUCACCGGCACCUACAGGAUCAUCUUGCACCGGGUGCAGAGGAGGCAAGGGCUGGAGUUGGCAGCAGCCAUGGGCCCCGACCCUGAACUGGACCUGGUCCCGCCCCAGUGCGAGGAGCUGGGGAAGGGACAGGCAAAACUCAGCGCAGCAGCAAGGCAGACCUCCAGGUUCUGUUCCAUCCUGUAGGGGUGGCCGGCCCGGGGACCAGCGUUUGGCGGCUCACUCGUCACACCGUCACGCAACUCCUGACCCACAUCCUCCACACCCCCACCCACCAUUCCGACCUCCUCCUCACACCCUCUCGACACCCAUCUUCCCCUCCCACCCAUCCCCUCUCUAAGCUCCUGUCCCAAAACCGCCCCAACUCCCCAGGAGUUUCUACCUCACCUCCCCUCUCAGCCCCUACCCAUUCCCUCCCGACACUCUCCUCACUACCCUCCUCACCUCUCCCCUCCCUUCAGCCCCUCCCACUACCACCCUCCUUCCUCCUCCCUCCUGUCCUUCUCCUUCCUUCCCUCCCCUCUCCUCUCCUUUCCCCUCCCCUCUCCCCUCCACCUCCUCCCCAGUGUGUGCUGUCUCUCCGCACUCUGUCUGUGCCGGACGCACGGAGAUGGGAGACCCGGUGACUGACUCACUGGCCGUGGACGGGAGGACAGUCAUGGCGGAUGAGUGGUCACCCUUGGAGGCGCUGCUGAAGACAUUGCUCCAGUUCUCCGAUCCCGCUCCCCGAUUCCGACAGAAUAAGGACCAGUACCUCGGCUGCGGACCCUGCAUCCUACGUCCCUCAGGACCUUGCGCCCAGCAGGACGGAUAACCAGCCCCACCUGUACUGUAGCAGACACCGGUCCGUCCUGAUGGCAACUUUUUAACUCUUAAUACCUUCUCCCCGUGGUUGCUGCCCAACCUGCUGAGUCUUUCCAAUAAUUUCCGUGUCCAAUCUCCAGUCAGUAUCAGCAGUGGUGUCUCCCCUCCACUCACCCCAGCUGAGCUGCGAACAGGCCCUUCGGCCCUUUGAGCUGUGCCAGCAGCAACCCUGGCCUAAUCGCAGGACGAUUUCCUAACCCAUACACCUUUGGACUGUGGGAGGAAACCAGAGCUCCCAGAGGAAACCCACACAUUCAUGGCGAGGACGUACAGACUGCUUAUGGAUGGACUCUGAACUCCGACGCCCCAAACUAUAAUGUCGUCACGCUAACCGUUAUGUUACCAUGGGGCCCAUUCAGCACCGUCUCUCCGCAGGCAACCCUCCCUCCCCCGUCACCUCGUAUUUCAUUGAUUCUCCACCCUGUCCACUUUCCCUUUCUCCGUUACGUUGAAAUUCCUGUUUUGGUGAAGUUUCGUUCAGAGGAUGCCUGACCUGAUCAUUCCCACUUUUAUUUUAAGUGCUCAACUUUGAGUUUAGACCCCCUUCCUGGCCGUGACCCCCCUACACCAUACCUUCUGUCCCUGAUGUUUAGUGACUGUGCCCUCGGCAACUUCAGGCCAAAACCCUGGAGCUGACUCUCUCCUGCGCUACUAUGUUGACUCAGGCCCUGGGGCACCUUUCUCCUACAGGGCACCAAUUAAAACUAAUCCCUCUGCCUCCUGUUGGAACUGAGACAUCAUCCAGGUUAAAGGUGCAGACAGCUGACGUUCGAGUGGGAGGUUGGAGGCAGGGGGCCUGGUUAGGGUGACGGUCAGUCUGGGACGUAUUAAUGCGGGGCCCUGACUUGCAUCCAGGAUAUUCACAGUUCACCUCGUUCCUGGUGGCCACGGUUCUCCUGAUUCGACGUUAACUUGUGGUUAAAGAUUAAAGAUGAAAGAUUUAUUUAUCACAUGUACAUUGAAACACACAACAAAAUGCACCAUUCACAUCAGGGGUGAGCUGGGGGCAGCCUGCGAGUGUCGCCAUGCUUCCGGUGCCAACGUAGCAGGCCCACAACUCACUAACCAGUAAACCUUCGGACUGUGGGAGGAAACCAGAGUACCUGGAGGAAACCCAUGCAGUCACGGGGAGAACGUACAAACUCCUUACAGACCAUGGUGGGAGUUGAACCGGGGUCAGUGAUCGCUGUGAUUGUGAUACCACGCCACCCUCUUUGCUUGUAGCAAAGAACAAAAGAAUUGGGAAGACGAGGUAGCCAUUCUGGGAAAACUGAUCUCCAAGUCCUUGAAAGUCACAUGGGGUGAUAAAGAAAGCUUUCAGCACAUUGGCCUUCAUAAAUCAAUGUACUGAGUACAAGAGUUGGGAUGGUGUGAUGAAGUUGUAUAUGAUGUUGGUGGAGUCUAAUUUGGAGUAUUGUGUUCAUAUAACCAUAUAACAAUUACAGCACGGAAACAGGCCAUCUCGGCCCUUCUAGUCCGUGCCGAACUCUUACUCUCACCUAGUCCCACCGACCUGCACUCAGCCCGUAACCCUCCAUUCCUUUCCUGUCCAUAUAUCUAUCCAAUUUAACUUCAAGUGACAACAUCGAACCUGCCUCAACCAGGUUCUGCUGGAAGCUCGUUCCACACAGCUACCACUCUGAGUAAAGAAGUUCCCCCUCAUGUUACCCCUAAACUUUUGCCCUUUAACUCUCAACUCAUGCCCUCUUGUUUGAAUCUCCCCCAUUCUCAAUGGAAAAAGCCUAUCCACGUCAACUCUAUCAAUCCCUCUCAUAAUUUUAAACACCUCUAUCAAGUCUCCC